AUGCGCAAGGAUCAGGUUCUUACCGUGCGCAAGCUCGGAAGGAGUGGCAGCAGAAAGGCUGCGACCCUGAUUCUCUGCGGACUCCUCCUUGGGAUCAUUUGGGUGACGGCGGCACCUUUCGUGCACCCGACUGGGUCACGGCGACAGGAACUACCAAGGACGAGGAGCGCUGCCGCCACCGGGAGAGCUCCGAGCCUUGGCGCGGAUGAGCUUGGAAUCGACGAGCAGAGUCGCGACGAAGCCUUCAUGGAGCACCUCCGUGGCCUGGCGCGGGAGGAUGAAUGGUACGAGUGUGUAGACCAGGUCAGCAGAUUUUUGUCGACCGGACCGGUGCUGCAGGCGCUGGCGUGGCCGUUUCUCGCGGACCAGCAGCGCCUGGUCUGGGCUGCGGUGCUGGAGUUCGACGCCGUGCCCACACAGGAGUUGCCUCCGUGGUUCUUCCAGCGGCGCAACAUCACACGUCGCCAGCUAGGCGUGGACCUCUUCAGCUUGGACGGGCGGCGGGCAAUUCUCUGCCGGGCUGGGAAUGCCUCCCACUCGGAUGUGAAGCGGUUCCUGCGAACGGCCCCUUGCGUGUGUAAGGAUGCCCAGUGCACGCUCUGGAUCCUCCGCGGUUGCAAGAUCUCCACCGGUUCUGAGAAGUGGCUGCGUCAGUAUGGAGGGCAUCGUAAGAUCCUCACCAAGACUUGCCUGUCCCAGGCUUGCCGGGAAGCAGCUUCCGCGCUGGCAUGCAAGGCGCACGGCGGCCCGUCGUCCGACCCGCCGCUGCGGCCGUGCCAGGCAGCAUGCUUGGAGGCGUGCGCCAAAGGAGCCCGGGUGAUCGAGAUGGCCUGCGGCACGGGGAAGACGCGCGUGAUUCGAGAGCUGACCGAGAAGCAGUCUGGCAAGGUCUUGGUCACUGUCCCCUCGCGCGUGCUCCUAGAGCAGCUCGCCGAUGAGCUGACGGGCUUUUGCAAGGUGGGCACGGGCUACAACGACCAGAUCGACAUGGAGGCACGCGGCUUCCUUGCGGUGACCGACUCCGUGCAGCUGCUGAAAAAUUUGAAGUUCGAGGCCGCUUUCAUCGACGAGGCGCAUCACCCUAUGCCGAAGGGGAUGCCGAGCUGCAAGGGCCUCUUCAAGUUCUCCGCGACGCACAAGGAGGAAAUUGAUUUCCGAUACAGUUUGGGCGAGGCGAUCGAGCAAGGUGUGCUGUGCGAUUACGACCUGACGGUGCCGGUAACGACCGCGGGCCACCCCUACAUCUGCCUGGCGAACCUGCUGCUGACGCAGGCCGGGCGCUUCCGGCGAGUGCUGGCGUACUGUAACUCCAUUGCAGAGGCCAAGCGGUUCCAGCGCGUGCUGAAGAUCGUGGGGUUGGCGGCGUGGCACAUCAACGGCGGGACCAAUCGCAGGGAGCGCGGGCGGGUGAUGCGCCAAUUUUCGGGGGAGCUGACGAGGCCCGUGCAUGUGCUGGUGACGGUUCAGGUGCUUGGCGAGGGCGUCAACAUCCCGAACGCGGACACCUGCAUGUUCGUGGAGCCGCGCAGCAGCUACGUGAGCAUCAUCCAGGCCAUCGGCCGGGUGUUGCGGCUGCACCUGAGCAAGCCCCUGGCCCACGUCGUCCUGCCCGCUUUGGCAGUUCCCAGGAAGGCUGGUGCAUUGCUGGCUCUUGCGAACAGUGACGGUUCCCAACACUCUUCAGAUGCACCAGCAAGGGCAAACGCAGAGGUCGCGAAAGUCUCGACUUCCUCAAGCAUGCUUGAAAGUGUUAAGCUUGAAAGCUCGGAGACGGACGUGGGCGCUGAGGUCCCGCUUCAGCUCGACCUCGAGCCUCACAUGACGGAGGUGUCCGCCAUGCAGCUCCGCCGCAACUCGCCACGGGCCUUUCCUGGCUCGAAAGCUGUGGAUGGCCAGGCCGGCGCUUCAAAAGAUGUUGGACAAUGGAGCAUCGCCACAGGUGGCCAAAGUGAACGACAGCAAACUGAACAGCAUCAGCCCGCAAGGCUCGCGGGGAGCAGAGCGGACCAGGCUGGUCAGCUGCUUGUGCCAGCUGCGCAGCUUCGGGCUGAGAUUGAUUCCCAUGAAUGGGCAGCAGGAAAACCCAACGAGGCGGAGCUGAGUAGGUCGGGUGCAAGGCUUGGAGGUGAUCCUGGGCUUCAUACUCCCUUUGUGUCAGCACAGGCGGCAGCGGUUUAUUCUUCGGAGGAGAGGCCCUCUGCCAGCCUGGCUGUGCUCAAGUCCGGGCCUGAUGGCAGCAAUCUCCGAGCAGAAACCGCGGGGACGUUGCAGAAACUAUCGCUUCGCGACGCGGGGCUUCCGAUCAAGGACGUGAGCCAGUCCAGAGAGAGCCAGAUGAUUCCAUGGAGUGAUACACGGAACCACAGAAUUGGAAGCAACAUCGGAACACCCAAACCUCCCCCCAAGUCCAGAUUUAGAGACAGCGUCUCUGGUGAUGCCAAGUUUUUUGGGAGCCGCUAUGCGCAGCAGCUGGGUCGGUUCCUUGGGGUGAUAGCUAGAACUGACAGCCGGUAUGCUCAGAUGGAUGCAGUGUAUUUGCAGUCUCGACUCUGGGUGACGGACUGCAGCUUGAACAAGAACCUCUCGUUGCACCCAUUAGUUUGCAGUGCGCAGAAUCAGCUGGCAUUGAUCCUGCAGAACCGAGAUCCAUGGGAUUCGCAUUUGCAAGCAGUCGAGCAGUUUGCCCAACAGCAUAACAGGCUCCCGAGCCAAAGGUGCAGCAUGCCUCAAGAGCGAUUUCUGGGAAGGUGGCUAGGCAACCAAGGCUAUUUGCUGCGGAGGGAGAGGCUCUCAGCCACCAGAGUGCAGAAACUCGUCUCCUCACCGUGUAGCAUCAUGAGGGCCCGUGCUUUGCAAUGGCUGGAUCCUUCAACUGCCCGUGCAUCUUUUGAGAAGCGAUUGGAGGAGUUGGAACGGUUUGUUCAGGCCCACGGAAGGCUUCCGCAAUACAGAGGCCCUGUCCUCGGAGAGAGUGGGUUGGGAAUAUGGCUGCAAAGCAUCUGCCACAUGCAGAAGAGGCACAGGCUGUCAGCCGCCAGAAUGCAGAAACUCUUGAACUCAUCGCAAAGCUUUAUAAGGGCCCGUGCCAAACGGUGGCUGGAUCCUUCUACAAUCUUUUCGCUUCGAGUGGAGGAGUUGCAGCGUUUUGUCCGGGAACAUGACCGCAUGCCCCAAUGCGUUGCAACGAGUCCUGUUGGCGAGAGCAAGCUGGCCAAAAGCCUGGCGGAUUUAGUUAGGCCUGGGCUGAAGACGAGCACUAGAACAAGGCGGCUCCAGUUUCUGGAAAAGCUCGACCCCAUUGUGGCAAAGUGGGUGAGGUCAAGGCAAGCACGGGCGUCCAGCACCAAGAAGCGGCCGUGGAAGCGAUAUGUUCUCAGACUUCUUGACUUUGUGAAAACGAAUCAUCGACUGCCGUGCCAGCAACAAGGGGAGAGGGAUCUGUUUCUUUGGUUGUGCAAACAGCGACGACAAUUGGAUGUGCUCCCGGCCGAGCUGCAAGAAACACUUUGCAACUCCCACCCAAUAAUCGCCUCGUUUUUGCAGCUUGGCAAAUCUGGUUCGCAGCGAUAA